GGACACAAUCACAGCCCCAACGCCUUCCCACAGCAGACAAACAUUCCUCCGCAGCCGUCGUCCACACGCGCGUCCGGACACAACUCGCCCACCAAUCGGCACAAGACUGGGUCGUCGGGUGAGCCCACUGUGAAGCCAUUGGCGGCCAACCCGACCGCCACCACCACCGCCACCAACAGUCACAGUCAGACCAACUCGAAGGGUGUGUCGGAACGGGUGGUGAGGGCCAACAUCCGCAUCAGUGACAACCCCUACGACAUCGAGGCCUGGAAUGUGCUCAUCAAAGACGCUCAGAGCAAACGUAUUGAUGAGUCGCGCGACUUCUUCGAGCGUCUGGUGUCUCAGUUCCCAAACUCCGGCAGAUUCUGGAAGUUAUUCAUAGAGACUGAGUAA